GCCCAUUCCCUCAGCGUGAGUUUCGCGGCGCGGCGGACAUGGCGGUGGAGUCCUGAGCUCGUCGUGUCCCGGCCUCCAGCGGCGGCGGCGGUGACGGCGGCAGCGGGAGGCGGAGGGGGAGCGGGAGCCACUGAGAUGAGGAGGCGCCGCGCGCGCCUGUAGCUCGUGGGCCUCGCAGUUUGCUUGCCUAAACUGGAUUUGAAGCAAUUCAAACUACCGGAGAUCUGCCAUUUUACAAUAUCACAAUUGGAAAGAAGCAGGUUUUCAAAUAAUGGAAGAGUCUAAGACCUCUAAAAAUGAAAAUCAUGAACCAAAGAAGAAUGCUUGGGCUCUUUCUGAAGAAAGCAAAGCAGUUAAAGUUAUAACUAAUCAAACUUUGAAAGCUAGAAAUGAUAAAUCCAUAAAAGAAAUUGGGACCAAUUCUCCAAAUAGGAAUAGUAGUAAAAAAAAUAAGCAAAAUGAUAUUUGUAUAGAAAAAACAGAAGUUAAAUCAUGUAAAGUAAAUGCUGCCAGUGUUCCAGGCCCUAAAGAUUUGGGGUUAGUCCUUCGAGAUCAAAGUCAUUGCAAAGCAAAAAAAUCACCUAAUUCACCAGUGAAAUCAGAAAAAGUACCUAUUUCACAGGCAAAAGUAGAAAGGGCACCCAGUUUACAGGCAAAAGCAGAGAAGUCACCAAAGUCAUCUAAUUCACCAGUGAAGACAGAAAAGACACCCAGCUUCCAGGCAACAGUAGUAGAAAAGACACUUAAUUCACAGAGGAGAGCAGAAAAAGCACCCAGUUCUCAGAUGAAAUCAGAAAAGGUGCCCAGUUUACCCCCAGAAGCUGAGAAGGUACCAAGUUUACUAUUGAAAGAAAACAUGAGACAGACAGAAUUGCAGCAGAUUGGAAAAAAAAUUCCAAGCUCCUUUACUUCUCUGGACAAAGUGAAUAUUGAUGUUACAGAGGGAGAAAAAUCUGCUCUGGAAGACUCACAACAAUCUCAGAAGAAACAAACAUGUACAGAUAAUACUGGUGAUUCUGAUGAUAGUGCUUCAGGAAUUGAAGACAUAUCAGAUGAUUUGAGUAAAAUGAAGAAUGAUGAAUCUAAUAAAGAAAAUUCUUCAGAGAUGGACUAUUUAGAAAAUGCCACUGUGAUAGAUGAAUCUACAUUGACACCUGAGCAGAGGCUAGGUUUGAAACAAGCAGAAGAACGCUUAGAAAGAGAUCACAUCUUUCGACUUGAAAAACGCUCACCAGAAUAUACCAAUUGCCGAUAUCUAUGCAAACUUUGCUUAAUUCAUAUUGAAAACAUCCAGGGAGCUCAUAAACAUAUAAAGGAGAAACGACAUAAGAAAAACAUUUUGGAAAAACAGGAAGAAAGUGAGCUUCGUUCUCUGCCACCUCCUACCCCUGCCCACUUGGCUGCUUUAACUGUUGCAGUUAUUGAAUUGGCAAAAGAACAAGGAAUAACAGAUGAUGACCUCAGAGUCCGUCAGGAAAUUGUGGAAGAAAUGUCAAAGGUUAUAACAACAUUUUUACCAGAAUGUUCACUUAGGUUGUAUGGCUCGUCUCUGUCUAAGUUUGCUCUGAAAAGUAGUGAUGUUAAUAUAGAUAUAAAAUUUCCUCCCAAGAUGAAUCAUCCUGAUCUUCUGAUACAAGUGCUUGGGAUUUUAAAAAAAAGUGGUGAUUAUAAUGUUCGGACAAUAUUUGGGACUCUGCCUGUGGUUUGUGAUAAUACAGCAAAUGACACCAAGAGAGUACUAUAUGUAGAUGUGGAAUCUGAUUUUCAUGCGAAAGUUCCCGUUGUGGUGUGCAAGGAUCGGAAAAGUGGUUUGCUUUGUAGAGUGAGUGCAGGAAAUGAUAUGGCAUGCCUCACUACUGAUUUACUUGCUGCUCUUGGCAAAAUGGAACCUGUCUUUACUCCCUUGGUGUUAGCCUUUCGCUAUUGGGCUAAGUUGUGCUAUAUUGACUCCCAAACUGAUGGCGGAAUUCCUUCUUACUGUUUUGCUUUAAUGGUGAUGUUUUUCCUACAACAAAGAAAACCCCCUCUUCUUCCUUGCUUACUUGGAAGCUGGAUUGAAGGCUUUGACCCAAAAAGAAUGGAUGACUUUCAGCUGAAGGGCAUAGUAGAAGAGAAGUUUGUGAAGUGGGAAUAUAAUUCAAGUAGUGCAACUGAGAAAAACUCAAUUGCUGAGGAAAACAAAGCUAAGGCAGACCAACCAAAAGAUGAUACCAAGAAGACAGAAACAGACAACCAAAGUAAUGCCAUGAAGGAAAAACAUGGCAAAUCUCCUUUAACAUUGGAAACACAAAAUCAGGUGUCCCUGGGGCAGUUAUGGUUAGAGCUGCUAAAAUUUUACACACUGGAUUUUGCUUUGGAGGAAUAUGUCAUAUGUGUACGAAUACAAGAUAUUUUAACUAGAGAAAACAAAAACUGGCCUAAACGGCGAAUAGCCAUUGAAGAUCCAUUUUCAGUCAAGAGGAAUGUUGCACGGAGUUUAAACAGUCAGCUUGUUUAUGAAUAUGUAGUGGAGAGAUUCAGGGCAGCUUAUCGAUAUUUUGCCUGUCCUCAGAGGAAGGGUGGAAAUAAAUCUACAGUGGAUUCCAUGAAAAAAGAGAAGGGGAAAAUAAACAAUAAGAAACCAGUGAAGUCUGACAAUGUGGCAUCGAAUUGUUGCAUUCUACUUGGGGGAAGCACAGAAAAAAUAAAUGCAGAAAGAGGUCAACCUGAUAAAUAUGAUGAAAUGAAAUGUACAUCACAGAGAUGUAUUACUGAAGAUGACAUUUUGUUGAUAAAUGAACUAGAUUUGGCUGAAAAUGGACAGGAAUCAUCAUCUCUUUCUACCAGCGAAGGCAGUGAAUUACAGCCAAAAUCAGUUAAGAAGCAGGAUGUUUUAGCACCUUCAGAAACUUGUUUAAAGAAGGAGCUAAGCCGGUGUAAUUGCAUUGAUUAUAAAUCCCCUGAACCAGAUGAAUCUGCUGGUACAGACUGCAGGUCAAAUUUAGAAACAGAAAGUUCACAUCAGAUUGUGUGCACUGACACAUCUGCUACCUCUUGCAACUGCAAAGCUACAGAAGAUGCUUCUGACCUUAAUGAUGAUGAUAACCACCCUACCCAGGAAUUAUAUUAUGUGUUUGAUAAGUUUAUUUUAACUUCUGGCAAGCCGCCAACAAUAGUAUGCAGCAUCUGCAAAAAGGAUGGCCAUUCAAAAAAUGAUUGCCCAGAGGAUUUCAGGAAAAUUGAUCUAAAACCUCUACCACCAAUGACAAAUCGAUUUCGAGAAAUACUUGAUUUAGUAUGUAAAAGAUGUUUUGAUGAAUUAUCACCACCUUUCUCUGAACAGCACAACAGGGAACAGAUUUUAAUUGGCUUGGAAAAGUUUAUUCAAAAAGAAUAUGAUGAAAAGGCAAGAUUGUGCUUAUUUGGCUCUUCUAAGAAUGGAUUUGGAUUUCGUGAUAGUGAUCUGGAUAUUUGCAUGACCUUGGAGGGCCAUGAAAAUGCAGAGAAAUUAAAUUGUAAGGAAAUAAUUGAAAAUUUGGCGAAAAUUCUUAAGAGACAUCCAGGUUUAAGAAACAUUUUGCCUAUAACUACUGCCAAAGUGCCUAUAGUAAAAUUUGAACACAGACGAAGUGGUUUAGAAGGCGAUAUCAGUUUAUAUAAUACAUUGGCUCAGCAUAACACAAGAAUGCUAGCUACAUAUGCAGCUAUUGAUCCUAGAGUACAGUACUUGGGAUACACUAUGAAAGUGUUUGCUAAGCGAUGUGACAUUGGAGAUGCUUCCAGGGGAAGUUUAUCUUCAUAUGCUUAUAUCCUUAUGGUGCUGUACUUCCUGCAGCAGAGAAAACCACCUGUUAUCCCAGUUCUACAAGAGAUCUUUGAUGGAAAACAGAUCCCACAGAGAAUGGUUGAUGGAUGGAAUGCUUUUUUCUUUGAUAAAACAGAAGAACUGAAAAAACGUUUACCUUCACUUGGAAAGAACACAGAAACAUUAGGAGAGCUUUGGUUGGGGCUGCUUCGCUUCUAUACUGAAGAAUUUGAUUUCAAAGAAUAUGUAAUUAGCAUUCGGCAGAAAAAACUUUUGACAACUUUUGAGAAGCAGUGGACAUCCAAAUGCAUUGCAAUUGAAGACCCUUUUGAUUUGAAUCAUAACCUUGGUGCUGGAGUUUCUAGAAAAAUGACCAAUUUCAUCAUGAAAGCAUUUAUCAAUGGAAGGAAACUUUUUGGUACCCCCUUUUAUCCACUCAUUGGCAGAGAAGCUGAGUACUUCUUUGAUUCCAGAGUAUUAACAGAUGGAGAACUGGCUCCCAAUGAUCGGUGUUGCCGUGUGUGUGGAAAAAUAGGCCACUACAUGAAAGACUGCCCCAAAAGGAGAAGCAGUUUACUGUUUAGACUAAAGAAGAAAGACAGUGAAGAAGAGAAGGAAGGGAAUGAAGAGGAGAAAGAUUCCCGAGACCUUGACACCCGAGACCUCCACGACACUCGAGACUUUAGAGACCCCAGAGACCUCAGAUGUUUUAUAUGCGGAGAUGCAGGACAUGUGCGAAGGGAGUGCCCAGAGGUCAAGCUGGCCCGUCAAAGGAAUAGCAGUGUGGCAGCAGCCCAGCUGGUCCGCAACCUUGUAAAUGCCCAGCAGGUGGCUGGUUCAGCCCAGCAACAGAGUGAUCAGUCCAUAAGGACUAGACAGUCCUCAGAAUGUUCUGAUUCACCAUCUUAUUCUCCCCAGCCCCAGCCAUUUCCACAGAACUCUUCCCAGUCCACUGCCAUUACCCAGCCUCCAUCCCAGCCAGGAUCUCAACCCAAGCUUGGCCCACCUCAGCAGGGAGCCCAGCCCCCACAUCAAGUCCAGAUGCCUAUGUAUAACUUUCCCCAGUCACCACCAGCUCAGUAUUCUCCCAUGCACAAUAUGGGAUUGUUGCCAGUGCACCCUCUCCAGAUUCCUGCCCCAUCCUGGCCUAUUCAUGGCCCAGUAAUCCAUUCUGCACCAGGCAGUGCCCCCAGCAAUAUUGGCCUAAAUGAUCCCAGCAUCAUCUUUGCACAGCCUGCUGCCAGACCUGUGGCGAUCCCUAGCUCCUCUCAUGAUGGACACUGGCCUCGUACUGUCGCUCCGAAUUCCCUGGUGAACAAUGGUACAGUAGGGAAUUCAGAGCCAGGAUUUCCAGGACUGAAUCCUCCAAUUCCUUGGGAACAUGCACCACGACCCCAUUUCCCUCUUGUCCCAGCUUCGUGGCCUUAUGGUUUGCAUCAAAACUUCAUGCAUCAGGGAAGUGCCAGAUUUCAGCCCAACAAACCUUUCUAUACUCAAGGCAACGAUAAAGUAAAGUACUCCCGUACUGCAGGAGGCUAACUGCUCCUAUUACAGUUCUUUAUUGAGACAACCAAAAGGCCCAUAUGCUAUACCUGGAGACUUGGAGCGAGAUCUGUGCCGUCUAUCUCGGGACCUGCUGCGAUGACGCCUUGGACUCUUGCUCCGAUGCCUUUCUCGGCGAGGAGAGGGGCUGUGGAAAUGACUGGUUAGACACCCAUAUCUAUCUGACAAUAUAAGCACAACAAUAGCACCCACCUUCCCAAAUCCCUAUCCUUCAUCACAAGUCAUUAAAGGCCUACCUUCUUCUUUUGGGAGACCGACUCCGCCUAUAUGGGAAGAAAAAAGAGGAAGAACAACCUUAGUAGGUACACUGGAUACUAUAAAUUGCAAAAAUUGUCCCAAUUCUUCACCCAUCUCUGUUGUUCAUGUCCUUUAUCAUUUUUUUUAUACCCUCUGACUCUUAAGUCUGAGAUUGGCCAUAUGGCUUGCUUUGGCCAAUGGGAUAUUUGUGCAUGUGAUGCAAGCAGAUACUGGAAAGAUGCUUGCAUGGUUAGGCUUCUUUGCUCUUGUAUUCUGCCACUACUUUCUUGAGAACAUGCCUGACCUUGCCUAGAGUCUGACAUACAUAGAGAUGAGUUGCUCAAGUCAUCCUAGGUAGGGCCAUCCUAUACCAGCCAACAGACAGCUGACCGCAAAACAGGUAAGUGACAAUAACUUAUACUGAAAAUAACUGCCAAUCUAAUCCUAGCUUAAAUCACUGACCACAUAAUCUGAUUUAAGUCAGACUGAGUAUUUGGAGUGCUUCCCCAAAACAACCACUUAUUUUUUAAGCUGUCAUGUGAAAUAUUUUUUAAAAACAGAAAAAAUUAUGGCAAUUAAAAACGUAAAGACAGUUCCCAGCUUCUGGCUGUUAGGAGAUGCCAUGGAUGCUUCAGGCUGUUUGAACAGUAUAACCUAAAACAUGGAUAUCUGACCAAAUCAUACAAUUUAUAUCAACAAUAUGAAUGACAAAAUUAAAAAAGAAGAAUUGAAGAGAUCCCUGUAUGUUCUGUUUUCUCAGUUUGGCCAUAUAUUAGAAUAUUGUAGCUUUAAAGACUGAAGAUGAGGGGGCAAGCCUUUGUUAUAUUUAAGGAACUGGGCUCUUCCACAAAUGUCUUGAGACAGUUACAGGGGUUUCCAUUUUAUGGCAAACCAAUGCGAAUCCAGUAUGCAAAAACAGAUUCCGAUACAAUAUCUAAAAAGCAUGGCACUUUUGCUAACAAAGAAAAGAAAAAAGCGAAAACUGUGGAACAGACUGCAGCAACCACCAACAAAAAGCCUGGUCAGGGAACACCAAAUUCAGCUAAUACCCAAGGAAAUGCAACACCAAAUCCUCAGGUUCCUGAUUACCCUCCAAACUAUAUUGUAUUCCUUAGUAACUUACCAGAAGAGACUAAUGAGAUGAUGUUAUCCAUGUUGUUUAAUCAGUUUCCUGGUUUCAAGGAAGUACGUUUAGUACCUGGGAGGCAUAACAUUGCUUUUGUUGAAUUUGAAAAUGAUGGCCAGGCUGGAGCUGCCAGGGAUGCUUUACAAGGGUUUAAGAUCACACCAUCCCAUGCCAUGAAGAUCACUUAUGCCAGGAAAUAACAGUUGGGAUAGUUGUCUUUAAAGGACUGGGUGUUAUUUAUAGUUUUCAUUUUGAUAACAGUUGCUCAGGCCAUUUUAAUAGUUGUGUGUGGAGCAGGGGGGAGUAUAUGUGAAAUUUUUGUAAAGGAUUUUAAAAAAUUACCUAGUCUUUGUUUAGCCUUAGUGAACUAUAAACUAUGAAGGCCUUAAUUUUGUACAAUAAACUUUUAUUUGUA